CAGAGGGCUGGGGUGGGCAGUUUCUUGUUGCUAAAGGCAGCUUCUGGGGAGAAGGAAGCAUUUAGUUCGUUCUCUGCCCCUUUUUUCAUUCCUACGGGGACCUGAGCGAGCUACCUGUUAGCUAGCACGGGGCGGCGUAGUGACUCAGCGGGUUAAUCCGCCGCCUGUGACGCGGCAAUCCCAUGUGGUCUCUGGUUAAGUGAAGCGGCAGAGGUCUGUCUCUCCCUCUAACUCUGCCCCCACCCCCCCAAAAGUAGCAGGCUUUCUGUCUCACAUCUGGUCUGAAGACAAUAACCUCUGAUCAGCCCUCUUAAGUUGGAGGUGUUGCUCCCACUUCCAGCUUAGCAGACCUAAAUUAACGACCAUCUGCUUAUCCCACAUAACUACCAGUUACAUGUAACCCCUCAACACCAACGGGAGCCCACCUGGCCAUCACAAAGUCCCGAAAAAGCCCGCCAAGAUACCGGUGUCGGGGACAACACGCCAGGAACAACAGAGCCUGGGGUCCCCAUGAGCAAGCUAGCUCCAAGUCUAACCACGCCUCCGGGUAGCGGCACGGUCUCCAAGGCAGGUUCAAGCGCGCCGGGCAGCGGGCGCAGAGGUACCUGCUGCCGUCUGGGGCGGAACUGGAGGGGAAACGCGCACGGUGAGGGAAGCCCCAGAGUCCGUGCGCCGGGCGGGGCGCACGGAGAUGGGCAGCAGAAAGGGCGUGCGAGCGCCGGGGCGGGGCGCGGGGGCGUGGGCGCGGGGUUGCCGGGGUUUCCUGGCUGCCCAGGUUUCCCCGGGCCCUGCACUCUGCCAGUGCAGACGCCGCCUCCGUAGCCAGAGGUGGGAAGGGGCUUGGGGAGUGGGUCGUGAGCGGUCCCGGCGCGUUGCGGCGCGGGGAGAGGGCGGCCGCCCGCGCAGCGCCAUGGUGGACCUGCUGGGCGGGCGGCGCCUGCUGACCCGCGAGGGCGCGGCGGUGGAGGCGGAGGCGGCGCUGCAGAACAAGGUGGUGGCGCUGUACUUCGCGGCCGGCCGCUGCGCGCCGAGCCGCGACUUCACGCCGCUGCUCUGCGACUUCUACACGGCGCUGGUGGGCGCGGCGCCGCGGCCUGCGCCCUUCGAGGUGGUCUUCGUGUCGGCCGACGGCAGCGCCGAGGAAAUGUUGGACUUCAUGCGCGAGCUGCACGGCGCCUGGCUGGCGCUGCCCUUCCACGACCCCUACCGGCACGAGCUGAAGAAGAGGUACAACAUCACGGCCACCCCCAAGCUUGUGAUCGUGAAACAGAGCGGGGAGGUCAUCACCAGCAGGGGGCGCAAGCAGAUCCGAGAACGGGGCCUGGCCUGCUUCCAGAGCUGGGUGGAGGCCGCCGCCGACGUCUUCCAGAACUUCUCUGGUUGAAUCAGAAGACUCUUGGAGCCGGGGGGAGGGGCCGUGCCUGUAGCCCCGACGCCCGGGGGCCGACAGGAGUGGGCUGUUGCCCUUUCUCUCUCGACUUGCUGUCUGAAAUUCAGGGCAGAAGCCUUGGAAGACUGUAGGUACAGCUCAGGAACAGUCAGCACCCCUCUCCCACCCUCUAUUUUGAUCCCCUCAGUUGUUUAGCCACUUACUAGUGUUCGCAUAGCUUUAUCCACCUGUGCCUAGCAGGAGUGGGGAACCUCGGGCCUGCAGGCCGUCUGCGCCCCUGAACAUCAUUCGCUGUCGCCCUGGCAAGGCAGCUGCAGGCAAGACUCAGAAAUUCAAUCAGUCUGUAGCAGGCUCGUUUUCAAACAGAUCAUUUUGUAUGGCCUGCGAAUUCUGUUGUAAAUACCCAGAGGGCCAUUGGCAGAGAAAAGGCUUCCCACUCUCCCACCCCCUAGACCCUUAUACGUUCACAUCAAGCUAUCAGAAAUCUAUGCAAAACAUCUGUUGUACAGCUCUCUUCAGGGAAAAUGUCCUAUUUAUUGAUACUUUUCUGGAGGACUAUCGAUUUUAAUGAGAUGCUUUCCUAACGGUAUUGAUUAAUACAGGUUGCAGACUCUGUGCUUUAAUAAACAAACAUCUCCACCAUG